UAAAUUUCGGUUGGUGUUCGAAAUACGAAAAACGAGUGAAAAGAACAAAAACGUAACACAAAACCCUCUUUUUUUUUCUUCUUAUAAUUUCAAUUUCAGUUUCAAUUCACUUUCUUCGUUCUCUUCCAGUGGAACUUGAUGAAAUAGCAGUGAAACGACAUCGUUUCAGCGAGAGUGCGUAAUCAUGGCCGAAAAGGGUUACCUGCAACUGAAGGAGCUAGGAUCCAAGCUCGAUACCGUUCCAUCUUCCAAAGACGCUCUCAUCAAGCUCUUGAAGCAAGCAACCACAUGCCUUGCGGAGUUGGAUCAAUCACCUUUGACUACAACACGGGAUUCAAUGAAUCCCUUUUUUAAUGCAAUUGUUAAGCCAGCAUUGCUGAACCACCAAGAUAAAGAUGUCAGACUUCUGGUUGCAACAUGUAUUAGUGAGAUAACUCGGAUCACCGCACCUGAAGCUCCUUAUAAUGAUGAAAUUUUAAAGGAUACCUUUCGAUUGACUGUGAGCACUUUUAGUGGUCUAAGUGAUACUAGUGGUCUAUCAUUUGGACGGAGAGUUGUUAUAUUGGAGACUCUUGCAAAGUAUAGGUCGUGUGUUGUGAUGUUGGACCUUGAAUGUGAUGAUUUGGUCUAUGAAAUAUUCAGUACUUUUGUUGCAGUUGCCAGAGAUGAUCAUCCAGAAAGUGUCCUGUCAUCCAUGCAAACUAUAAUGGUGGUUCUCUUAGAAGAGAGUGAGGAUGUUCGCGAGGAUCUGUUAUCUAUUUUACUCUCUACAUUAGGCCGUGGAAAUAAAGAUGUUACUAUGGCUGCAAGAAGACUUGCCAUGAAUGUCAUACAGCAAUGCAUGGGAAGACUUGAACCCAGCAUCAAACAACUUUUGCUAUCGUUAAUGUCUGGAGAUAGCAAGCUAGUAAACAAUCAAAUUGAAUACCAUGGAAUUAUCUAUGAUCUGUAUUGUUGUGCUCCUCAGAUCCUAUUUGGAGUUCUCCCUUAUGUGACCGGAGAACUACUGACUAACCAGUUGGAAACCCGUUUGAAAGCAAUGAACCUGGUUGGCGAUAUGAUUUCUAUUCCCGGAACUUCCAUUCCUGAAGCAUUUCAGCCUAUAUUUUCAGAAUUCUUAAAGAGGUUGUCUGAUAGAGUUGUUGAGGUUCGCAUGUCUGCCCUUGAGCAUGUAAAGAACUGUCUGCUGUUGAAUCCUUUUAGAGCCGAAGCUUCUCAAAUAUUAUCUGCCCUUUGCGAACGGCUGAUGGAUUUUGAUGAAAAUGUUCGAAAGCGUGUUGUGGCUGUUAUAUGUGAUGUGGCAUGUCAUGCCCUAAAUGCAAUUCCACUUGAAACGAUGAAAUUUGUAGCGGAACGGCUUCGCGAUAAAUCUGUAUGUAUAUCUAAAUUUUGUUAUUUAUUUAUUUAUAUUUUCGUGAUAAAUCUAUUUGUUGAUUUAGACUAUGGUAUCUCAUUUCCCUUUUUUACUUUACAUUUGCAGCUACUUGUUAAAAAGUAUACUAUGGAGAGGUUGGCUGAAGUGUAUAGAGUUUAUUGUGAGAAAAGCUGUGACAUAGCCAAUCUCAAUGAAUAUUACUGGAUUCCUGGGAAGAUCAUUAGAUGUUUCUAUGACAAAGAUUUCAGAUCUGAUAUAAUUGAAUCUAUUUUAUGCGGAUCCCUAUUUCCAGUUGAGUUUUCAAUUAGUGAUAUUGUUAAACAUUGGGUUGGGAUUUUCUCUGGUUUUGAUAAAGUGGAGGUCAAGGCUCUUGAAAAGAUAUUAGAGCAGAAACAAAGGUUACAGCAAGAGAUGCAGAAGUAUCUGUCUCUGAGGCAGAUGCAUCAGGAAAGAGAUGUUCCCGAGGUCCAGAAAAAGAUUAUUUUCUGUUUCAGAGUAAUGUCCCAUUUGUUUGCUGACCCCAUAAAGGCUGAAGAGAGUUUCCAGAUUCUCGAUCAAUUAAAAGAUGCUAAUAUUUGGAAGAUUUUGGCAAAUCUUGUUGAUCCAAAUACUAGCCUCCAUCAAGCACGCUCCUAUCGGGAUGGUAUGCUUGCAAUACUUGGCGUAAAACACCGUCUCUAUGAAUUUCUGAAUACAUUCUCUAUGAAGUGCUCCUAUGUGCUUUUCAACAAGGAGCAUGUAAAAGAAAUUUUUGUAGAAAUAGUAGCUCAAAAAUCUGCAGAGAAUGCUCAGCGUACACAGUCUUGCAUGAAUUUAUUGGUGAUAAUUGCUCGUUUCUGUCCAUUGCUUCUUAAUGGCAGUGAGGGGGAACUGAUGAAUCUACUGAAGGAUAACAAUGACACUAUUAAAGUAGGUGCUCUUAAUGCUUUAGCUAAGGCCGGCGCUACUAUUCGUAAACAACUUUCAGCCAAGUCAAGUUCGGUAGACCUUAUGUUGGAGACAUUAUGUUUAGAAGGCAGUCGAAGGCAGGCAAAAUAUGCUGUCCAUGCAUUGGCUGCGAUAACAAAGGAUGACGGCCUCAAGUCUCUUUCUGUUCUAUACAAGAAACUUGUAAAUAUGCUAGAAGAAAAAACACAUCUGCCUGCAGUACUGCAGUCCCUGGGGUGUAUAGCGCAGACCGCAAUGCCUGUUUUUGAAACUAGAGAGAAUGAGAUUAAAGAAUUUAUAAUAAACAAGCUUCUGAAAAGCGACGGUAAAGAUCACACUAGAACAUCUUGGGGUGAUAAAAGCGAUCUCUGUAUGUUGAAGAUAUAUGGUAUUAAAACCUUAGUAAAGAGCUACCUGCCUUUCAAUGAUGCUCAUGUUCGUCUUGAUAUUGAGAGUCUUCUGGAUAUCCUUAGGAAGAUGCUAUCUUAUGGUGAAAUAUCAAAAGACCUACAAUCAAGUCCAGUUGAUAAGGCUCAUUUGAGGCUUGCUUCCGCAAAGGCUGUUAUUCGUUUGUCAAGGGUUUGGGAUCAAAAGAUACCCGUUGAUAUUUUCUACUUAACUUUAAGGGUAUCUGAGAUAAGCUUUCCUCAAGCUAAGAAGGUUUUUUUAAACAAAGUUCACCAAUAUGUUAAAGACCGCCUUUUGGAUGCUAAAUAUGCAUGUGCUUUCUUAUACAACAUAUUUGGAUCCAAGCCACAUGAAUUUGCAGAGGCUAAACAGAAUCUGGCAGACAUUAUUCAAAUGCUCUACCAGGCAAAGGCACGGCAAAUUCCAGUGCAAUCAGAUUCAAGUUCUUUGACCAUAUACCCUGAAUACAUUCUUCCGUACCUCGUUCAUACACUUGCUCAUAACUCAUGUCCCAGUGUUGAGGAGUGCAAGGAUGUUGGAGCAUAUGAUAAUAUAUACCGGCAGUUGUACUUGAUACUGUCAAUAUUACUUCAACGAGAUGAAGGUGCCAGAUCAGAAGUAACCACUAACAAAGAAAAAGAAAUCAUAUCCACUAUCACUUCAAUCUUUAAGAGUAUCAAACUCUCCGAAGAUACGGUUGACACAUCAAAGACAAAGAUUUCUCAUACAAUAUGUGACCUUGGGUUAGCAAUAACUAAACGAUUAGUGCUGAAGGAUGUUGAUCUGCAAGAGUUGUCCCAUUUGAUGUCUCUACCUCCAAUGCUAUACAAAGCAUUUGAGAAGAAGGAAGGAGGUGACACUAUGGUAAGUGAAGUGAAAAGCUGGGUUGUGGAUGAUACCGCCUUGGCUCACUUUGAAUCUCUUGAGCUAGAAAUGGUCCAAUCCCAAUCAGCGGAGGAUGAAGCUUCAAAGGAUAAUGAAGAAAACAAAAUACCUUUGGGAGUGAUGUUGAAGCAAAUCAAAUCUCAGAGAAUUAAUGGUAAAAAGGUGAAAAAGAUUAAGUCUGUGCCAGCUGAAACAGAAAAGGUUGAAAAUGAUUUUUCUAUCUUGAAUACGGCCAGACAAACCAACUUGGACAACUUGGGGUCACCUACUAAUGUUGAACAAUGUAAUGGUCAUGAACAUUCUUUAAGUAAGAAAACAACGGAGGAUCCAGAGCAUGCUACAGGUCAAAAAAGAAAAACCGGUGAAAUAACACCUGCUCCACUGUCUAAACGUAGUAGGCCUUCCUCUGCUCGUGGUAAACUGAGAUUGUCAACUACUACAUUAAAGGCAUCUCGAAGAGUAUCAGGGGAAAACUCCCCUCGAGCAAAAUUAGUGUUGGAUGCAGAUAUUAACACUGAUACAGAUAGUGACAUGCAGAAAAUAACGCUCAAAGACUUCUUAGUGUCCUCAUCAAAACAAAAGGUUAAGGGCUCGGAAAGCUAUCACAGUAAUGAGUCGAAUAAACAUGAUGAAUAUGACAUGAAGAGUCAUGAUGAUUUGGAACAAAGUGAAAAGACUACAAGUAAUAAUUUCAAGUCAGCCACAUGUGUUGGUAAGAAGAAUAAAAGAAAAAGUACUGCAGGAUUGACAAAGUGCACAAUGAAGAAAGGUGAAAUUGAUCCUGAAGAUCUAAUUGGUUGCAGAAUCAAAAUUUGGUGGCCUACGGACAAGAAAUUUUAUGAAGGAACUAUCAAGUCUUAUGAUUGUUUAAAAAAGAAGCAUGUGAUAUUAUAUGAUGAUGGAGAUGUAGAAAUACUUCGUUUGGACAAGGAGCGCUGGAAGCUUUUGGACAAGGGUCGUAAAUCUACUAAGAAGAUAAAACGCUUAUCACUUGAGACUUUUGGGCGCAAACAUAAUGGUUCACCAAGUAAAAAGAAAAAGAAAAUAGUUAAUGAUAAACAAUCUCCAAGCAAGCCUGUAAAACCUAGAAAAAAAUAUGCAUCGAAAAGUGAUAUCCAUCGGGAGGAGGCCAAAGAGACAUCUGAGUUAUCAAACCAUGAAGAGACCAUGACUUCCAAAGCUGAUGAGAUGAACUCAGGUGGUUCAGAAGUGGAACUGGCAUCAGGGUCCGACGAAAUCACAACAAAGGGGAAGAAAUCUAACAAGAAAGUGAGAUCAGUUUCCAAAAGAAAGAAGCUCAAGAAAACCAAGAACUUUCGUAAUAUGGGAGAAUCAGAUGAAGAUAAUCAGGAUUAUAGUGAGAGGAGUUCUGAAGAUCGAGAGAGUGUCCCGCAAUAUAGCUCAGACGAGAGGAAUGCGGAUGAAACAACUGAAGCUUCGAGGGAAAAUGUUAACGACGAAGAAGAAUCGGAGUCUGAAGAGGAUCAAGAUAACAGCAACGAGGGUGAUAGUCCUGGAGAAACAAAUAAAUCACAUAUAGAGCCAUCAAGUUCUGAUGACGUCAGCAUUGCUGAUAUUUCUGACGACGCUCCUCUGAGCAAAUGGAAGUGUCAAACGGGGAAGAAAAGUUCAGGAAAAACGCGAUGAGCAGUUAAAAGUUGCAGCUCGAGUCUGUCAAGACUGCUGCAGAGGUGAUGCUGUAAAAAGUACAGGUGUCGACUUGUGUGAAGAUAACUGCUGAAUUGGAGAUCUUUAGUUAUUAACAUACACUAAUAAAUAUGCUUUCCAUACCUUACUGUAGAAUGUAAAAUAACACCAGUCAUUCUGACGUUUCAGAAAGGAAAAUGAUAAGGUUUUAUUAGGGUUACGUUCAUGCUAAAUGACCUUUUGUUAGUACAGGUGAUAGGUUCAGCAUAUGAUUCAUUAAGGUGUUGUUCACCCUUCCAACAUAGAUGAUAUAGUUGACGAGAUAAUCGACAAUGUGUACAGCUAUACGUGGGGAUAUUUAUUUAUACCUCUAGUGUUAACUGAUAAGGACAACCAUACUAUCAACUCCUUAAUUUGUAUGGAAUCAUUGACAAGCA